AUGUCAGACAAUAGCUUAGCUGUAUUUGAGGAUGAUGAGCAUCCUGACGUCUCACCAAACAACACAACAACACAACAAGAAAUGGAACAUCAGCAUCUGCAGCAACAAUUCCACCCUCAGCUAUAUUCCAGUCAAGUGGCACAUUUACCAGAUUCAGAAACUGGCUCCAGCAAUAUAGACGAUCCAACGAUAAGCGCAAAGGGCAGAAAUUCUUUCAGUGAUACACAAGCGUCUUCGUCAACACAACCAGUGAGGAGACCACCAUCGUUGAUCCGUUCUCAAACGGUCAAUGGAGCAGUUCCAAUAACAACAAAGGAUCUGCACGUGAAACGAUCCCUAAGUUCUGGGUACAAUAAAGCAAGUUCAAGACCAGCUGCCAGCAGCAGCAGCAAGGUCCAUUAUCCUGGUAGUAGUACGUCGCCAAGUAAUACGAAAAAGACCCAUGCCAUAAGUGCUAACAGUCCCGCUGCAGUCAGUAGAUCUCCCAGCAGCUCAAUAGUGAGGACAAGGUCAAGCUCCUUGACUAAAACGCAGCUGCACCCACCCACUUCGCAGUAUUUGGCCCAGGAGAAGACGUACUUGAGGAAACUAAAGAAUCAAUUUGCGGACGAUUACUACACCAAGGGUAUAACAGGUGCCGAUGAGGAAAGUAAAGACUCAUUGGAUGAUGAGGAAGACGAUGAGGGUUACGACUCGGCAUCCAACAACGGAGACAAUGCAACAUUAUUGGCUACAAUUGACGAUGACAAGUACCAAAUCGAUUAUAGCAUGGCCCUUUCAUUAAUGAAAAACUCCAAUCUCAAUUUCAAGAAAAUAUCGAAUCUCCGGACAGACUCUACAGAUGAUCCCGCUGUGGUUGAAAGAUUGGAUUGGCAGUCUAUGUUGACCUCGGUAUUGACUGGAGAUGUGGUACGGUCAGAAAAAACCAAGAUCAUAAACACCCAUAAUCCAGAUAAUCCUCUCGAGAGCUAUGUACACUCAACUUUUAAGGAGAGCAUUUGGUUUGGAAUUAGAGCCAAAAUUUUCAAUAGAACAGAGGAUGAUCAGAGGAAAAUUGUAGCAUAUAGACGGACAUUGGUGGGGCAGUUGAUUGAAGAUAUUAUGCAAUUUGAGGUAAACUAUGAUGACUCAGCGAAGAACCCGAUUCGAGAGCAGGUCAAGACGAUUUUGGAUAGGUACGACGAGGCAUGCAACCUCUGGAGAACUUUGGAGGAAAUGCGCAGUGACAAGCCAGCGUGUCGGAGCGAAGAAUUCCAGAACAGAAUUGAUGCCCUUACUGCUUGGUUGUCGAUUACCGAUGCGAUUAAAAGAGAGACACAAUCAUUGAGGGUAUGGAUUGGUAAUGAUGAGUUGGAUAUUACCAAGUCACCAGUAGAGGCCCCUAGCCGGAGUUCUUCUGUAUCCAAUAGCAAAAUUGUCAAGGAAAUAUUUGACGAGGAUAACAAGUCGCUUGCAGAGAGGUUGAUGAAGGAAAAGGACGUGCAUACCAUAUUCAAGAAGCGUAUCUUUAAGCCAUUAUCGCCAUGGAUGAUUAAGUCAAAGGAUACGUAUAUUCGAUUAGGGAACAUGUUUGAGAUUAUGAAGCUACCGGAUUAUCUUCACGAUUUAAUUCAAAUUUGUAUUAUUCCUAUGAAAUUGAUUAAAGAAAUUAUAAACGUGAGGUUGGGAUAUGCUAUGAAAUUGCAGAACCCGACUUUAAUGAUGAUUGAUCAAAUGCUUGAUGAUUUACAGUCUUAUAUUACUAUCGCAUUGGAAGUGAAACUGGGGGUUCAGCAGUAUAAGGAACCAGAUCCUCAAAAAAUAUGGCUUUUGAGUGAUUUGUUUGAUGGCGAGGUUGCCAAUUUUGAUGGUGUAAUUCUCAGAUGCAUUCGAUACUUUUUAGUAUUGUUCAACAAGAAAUUGUUAGAUAGCUCUAGGUCACAAAACAGUUUUAGAACAUUUAAAGAGCCAGAGGAAUUGGAAGAGGUGUGGAUUUUCUUGCAAUCCUUGGGUAAUUACAUUGAUGGAGGAGGUGCUGUUGUUGCUGAAGAGAUUGCAUUGUUGACUCUGCGAUUGAACCAUCGGCUCUUGGCAUACUUUAACCAUUCUAUUAGAUUGCCUCCUCAUACCGAGUCAUCGCAGGACUUAAUUCGUUGGUACAGCUCAACUUUGGGCAAUUUUGGUCAAAUAAGACGUAAGUUGGCCAGGUUCACUGGAGAUAUAUCGAGAUCAUUCACAAACUCGUUGGUAUUUGAGCUACCUGACCAGCCUCACCAGAACAAUACCAAGACCUUGCUUGAUGUUUUGAGGACAACGGACCACUUUUUAGUUUACACAAAUACCAUCGAGUCUCAGGGAACCUACUUUUUUGCCAGCUCCGAUCUAGCAGGAAAUGAGCAGGAGAUUUUGAAAAUAAUCAAUGGGUCCUACGUUGGUCUAGACCCUAGUACAAAGAAAUCAAAUUUUACCGAGUUGCUGAACUUGCUUCAAAGCUCUUGGAACAUGACUGCAGAGAUAAAAGAAGAUCCUCUGAAAUAUGGAUAUAUAUUGGCUCUUUGUCCAAUGAAGCCCAUCGUUUGGGAAGGUGCUGUUUUCAAUGUCAAUGUUGACUCGGUACCCACUACAGAGUUGAAGAAUGGUCAAUUGGCACUCAUCUCCAAGGUACCACACUUUGAAUUGCACACGGUCAGAGACAGGUUUUUAGAUCUUGUUAGUGAUGUUUUAGUUGUUGGCGGUGGCAUAAAACCAGUGGAGCAGCGAUGCUCGUUGUCAAAAGUCCAUUAUGAGUUGACAAAAACCAAUAAAGCAUUCUUUCGUAUGAGUUUGUCGGUUUUGGACUCAGUGAAAACUGUCCUGAGCAAGUUUAAGCAGUUGCAUACAACGGGUGAUUACCAAACUGUCAUCAACAACUACUUUGUUUUUGCUCGUGACUAUGGGAAAAAUGCCGCGCGUAAUCUAGAUUCAUCGCGCAAGUCUGCGGUUAUUAUGAAAUUGAUGCAGUUGGCUAUCGACUGGGUUAGUUUUAUUUGUGACGAUUGUGUUCCUACCGAUCGAAAAACGUUUAGGUGGUGUGUUUUGGCCCUAGAGUUUGCUAUGGAUAUGACUCGUGGGUUCAACAUAUUGUUUCUAAAUGACGACCAGUUUAGCACGUUGAAAGUUAAAGUUGCAAGAUGUAUGUCUUUGCUUAUCUCACAUUUUGAUAUAAUGGGUGCAAGGUCUAGUGAAGCCGAAAAGAACAAGCUAUUGAAAUGGACUUCGCAGAGACAGAAUAUUGCCAAUUCGCAAAAUGACGAUUAUGCAUUCAAGUUGUACCAUGAGGAAGUGAUGCAAGAAAUUUCAGAGAUUGAACAGUAUAGAUCCGAGCUCCUGGCUGAAUAUCAAUCAGUGGGUAAAGUGAUUGACAAAAGCGAUCUGGAGUACCAAUUUGUCACAUUAUUGGCCUCAUCAUUCUCUAGUGUUUCAAUUAGAUGGCAAAAGGGUAAAUACAUUGGUGGAGGUACUUUUGGACAGGUGUUUGCGGCAGUCAAUUUGGAUACUGGAGGUGUGAUGGCAGUGAAGGAGAUCAGAUUCCAUGACAGUCAAUCUAUCAAGGGUAUUGUUCCACAAAUUAAGGAAGAAAUGACAGUGUUGGAAAUGUUGAACCACCCCAAUGUUGUGCAAUACUUUGGAGUUGAGGUGCACCGUGACAAGGUCUACAUUUUUAUGGAAUUUUGCGAAGGUGGGUCACUUGCCGGACUCUUGACGCAUGGUCGUAUUGAAGAUGAAAUGGUGAUUCAAGUCUAUACAUUACAGAUGUUGGAAGGUGUGGCAUAUUUGCACCAAUCAGGAGUGGUCCAUAGAGACAUCAAACCCGAAAACAUUUUGCUCGAUCAUAAUGGAGUCAUUAAGUUCGUUGAUUUUGGCGCUGCCAAAGUCAUAGCCAAUAGUGGCCGAACCAGGGUCUCAACUAAAUCGAUGCGCCCUGUCACAGGAACCGAUAAUCAAAGCUUGAAUUCCAUGACAGGUACGCCAAUGUAUAUGUCCCCUGAAGUGAUAACUGGUGCUUCAACUGAUCGUAGUGGUGUCGUUGAUAUUUGGUCACUAGGAUGCUGUGUGUUGGAAAUGGCGACCGGUCGUCGACCAUGGGCCAAUCUAGAUAACGAAUGGGCUAUUAUGUAUCACAUCGCUGCUGGACAUAAACCACCGUUGCCAUCACCAGAUCAAUUGAGCGAAGAAGGCCGAAGAUUUAUAUCACGAUGCCUUGUCCAUGAUCCUGCAAAGAGGCCCAGUGCUGUCGAGUUGUUGAAUGACCCAUGGAUGGUUUCAAUUAGACAGAUUGCCUUUGGUGGAAGUGGAUCGGAGUAUAGUACACCCUCGUCUGAGAAUGGAAACUCAAACCAGUCAUAA